AUGGGCCUCUGCUCCUCCUCCACCGCCUCCCGGGCCGCCUCCGACCCCGGCGCCGCAGCCGCGGGUGACGCCGCCGCCGCGGCGGCGGCGAAGAAGGGGCGCGGGAUCGUCGCGUGCGGGAAGCGGACCGACUUCGGCUACGACAAGGACUUCGAGGCGCUCUACUCGCUCGGGAAGCUGCUGGGCCACGGCCAGUUCGGCUACACCUUCGCCGCCGUCGAUCGCGCCUCCUCCGAGCGCGUCGCCGUCAAGCGCAUCGACAAGAACAAGAUGGUCCUUCCUGUCGCUGUUGAAGACGUAAAGCGAGAAGUUAAAAUAUUGAAGGCAUUGCAAGGGCACGAAAAUGUUGUACACUUUUACAAUGCAUUCGAAGAUGACAACUAUGUUUAUAUAGUCAUGGAAUUAUGUGAGGGUGGCGAGCUACUUGAUCGGAUAUUAGCCAAGAAAGAUAGCCGUUAUAGCGAGAAAGAUGCUGCGGUAGUUGUCCGACAGAUGCUCAAGGUUGCAGCUGAGUGCCAUCUGCAUGGUUUGGUUCAUCGGGACAUGAAACCUGAGAACUUCCUAUUCAAAUCAACAAAGGAGGACUCACCCCUUAAGGCUACAGAUUUUGGUCUUUCAGACUUCAUAAGACCAGGGAGGCGGUUCCGUGACAUUGUCGGAAGUGCCUACUAUGUAGCACCAGAAGUACUCAAACGCAAGUCAGGGCCAGAAUCCGAUGUUUGGAGUAUAGGUGUUAUAACCUAUAUUUUGCUGUGUGGAAGACGGCCUUUCUGGGACAAAACUGAAGAUGGGAUAUUUAAAGAGGUCUUAAAAAACAAGCCAGAUUUCCGCCGCAAGCCCUGGCCAAACAUUACUUCAAGUGCAAAAGAUUUUGUACAAAAAUUACUAGUUAAGGAUCCCCGUGCAAGACUAACUGCUGCACAGGCAUUAUCACAUGAUUGGGUGAGAGAAGGAGGAAAGGCAUCUGAAAUACCCUUGGAUAUAUCAGUAUUACAUAAUAUGCGACAGUUUGUGAAAUACAGUCGUUUCAAGCAAUUUGCUUUAAGGGCAUUAGCAUCUACAUUAAACUCAGAAGAGCUGUCCGAUCUUCGUGAUCAGUUCAAUGCCAUUGACGUUGACAAAAAUGGAACGAUUAGUCUGGAGGAACUGAAGCAGGCUCUUGCAAAGGAUGUUCCAUGGAGAUUAAAGGGUCCACGUGUUUUAGAGAUCAUUGAGGCGAUUGACAGUAAUACAGAUGGGCUAGUUGAUUUUGAAGAGUUUGUUGCUGCAACACUACACGUUCAUCAGCUGGUGGAACAUGAUACUGAGAAGUGGAAGUCACUGUCUCAAGCUGCAUUUGAUAAAUUUGAUGUUGACAGAGAUGGCUACAUCACAUCUGAUGAACUUAGAAUGCAUACAGGAAUGAAGGGUUCUAUUGAUCCCCUCCUGGAGGAGGCUGACAUUGACAAAGACGGCAAGAUAAGCCUAGAUGAAUUUCGCCGGCUCUUGAAGACUGCAAGCAUGAGCGCACGCAAUGUGCAAACUCCUAGGGGUGUUCGUGUGUCGUAG